AUGAGCGCUGUCACCAAGUUUGGGUUCGAGUUCCAGACUGCCACUAUCAAUGGCGUCGAGUACAACUACAUCCACGCCGAGCCUGCGGGCAAGGUGGUAGGGACAAUCUUCCUCAUCCACGGGUGGCCCGAUAUGUCCCUGGGAUGGCGCAACCAGAUUCCUUACCUCCUGUCCAAGGGCCUCCGGGUCAUUGCUCCUGACAUGAUGGGUUACGGAGGCACUGAUGCUCCCGCCGACGUCAACUACUACACAUUCAAGCGCGCCUCAGAUGACAUUGCUGCUCUCGCCAGCCACCUCGGCCUCUCGCGCAUCAUCCUGGGCGGCCACGACUGGGGCGGAGCGGUCGUCUACCGCGCAGCCCUCUGGCACCCGGAGCUGAUCUCGGCCUUCUUCGUCAUCAGCACCCCCUUUGCGCCGCCCCGUCUGGCCUACGUCGACCAGGCCACCGCGCUACCCACGCUGCACUACCAGCUGCAGUUCCGCACCGACGCCGUCCAGGACUACAUUGGCCUCGGCGACGUCCAAAACGCCACCCGCGUCCGCCAGAUCCUCAACACAAUCUACGGCGUCAAGCUGCCCAGCGGUGCAUCAGCCUUCAACUCCAGCGGCGCCGGGUUCGACUUUGACCUUCUCGACGGCGUAACGACGGACACGCCGCUGUUGAGCGAGGAGGAGCUCGACUACUACGUGGAGAACUACGCCGGUAGUGAUCCCUUUAACAGGACGCUCAACUGGUACCGUACCGGCGAGCUCAACUGGCAGGACGAGCUUGCGCUCAUCCCUAGCAACGCUACGGCGUACACGGCCAAGUACUCGCAACCUGCGCUGUACAUCGGCGGUUCGCUCGACUCGGCGCUGCCUCCCAUCUUGUCGACCGGUAUGGAGACGUACUUCGACAGCUUGUCAAGAGGCGAGGUGAAUGGUACGCAUUGGGUCAUGUGGGAGAAGCCCGAGGAUGUGAACGGUUAUGUUGGCAACUGGCUGAGCAGCUCAGUAUUGGGCAACCUGAGUCUCGGUGUCAAUGUCACGGCUGGAAGCGCUCUGGCUUUGCUGUGA